AUGGAGAAGAACAGCAAAGGCACGCUGCCGCUGUCGGAGCUGACGGCAGUAUCGCCAAUUGAUGGCAGAUACGCGGAGAAGACGGCCGCCCUGCGACAAACGUUCAGCGAGUUUGGGCUCAUUCGCAACCGCGUGCGAGUGGAGGUGGCGUGGCUGCUGUUCCUGGCCAAGCACGAGCAGAUACCAGAGGUGACGCUCUCACGGGCGGCGCGCGACAAGCUCAGCGCCAUCGGCGACAGCUUCACGCUGGACAACGCGCGCCGCGUCAAGGAGAUUGAGCGCACCACGCGCCACGACGUCAAGGCCGUCGAGUACUUUCUUAAGGAGCAGUUUGCAGGCGUCAGCGAGCUGGAAAACGUGGUGGAGUUCCUGCACUUUGCCUGCACUUCCGAGGACAUCAACAACCUCUCGUGGGCCCUGGCGCUGAAGAGCACGCGCGACGAUGUGCUGCUGCCGCUGAUGCGCCGCAUCGUCGAGCAGCUCGCGGCGUUGGCACGCGAGCACAAGGGCGUCGCCAUGAUGGCCCGCACCCACGGGCAACCCGCCACCCCUACGACGAUGGGCAAGGAGCUGGCCAACUUUGCGGUGCGGCUGAAGCGGCAGUACGACCAGGUUGCCGCAGCCGCCAUCAUGGGCAAGCUCAACGGCGCGGUCGGCAACUACAACGCGCACGCGGUUGCAUAUCCACACGUGGACUGGCUGGCGGCCGGGCGGGACUUUGUGGCCUCGCUCGGGCUCACCCCCAACGCGUUCACCACCCAGAUUGAGCCGCACGACUACAACGCGGAACUCUUCAACGCAUACCAGCGCUUCAACACGGCGCUCAUGGACUUUGAUCGCGACAUGUGGACAUAUGUGUCGCUGGGGUACCUGGUGCAGCGCAAGCUGCCCGGGGAGGUUGGCUCGUCCACCAUGCCACACAAGGUCAACCCCAUCGACUUUGAGAACUCCGAGGGGAACCUCGGCGUGGCAAAUGCGCUGCUGGCGUUCUUCGCGGGAAAACUGCCCAUCUCCAGGCUGCAACGCGACCUGACAGACUCGACAGUGCAGCGAAACAUGGGUACUGCCCUCGCCAACGCCGCCAUCGCUUAUACCUCCGCCCUGCGCGGACUGGCGAAGGUCGACGUGUGCGCGGAUGCGAUGGCUCAGGAGCUGGACAGACACUGGGAGCUGCUGGCUGAACCGAUACAGACCGUCAUGCGCAAGCACGGCGUGGAGAAGCCAUACGAGAAGCUCAAGGAACACACGCAGGGCAAAGUCGUGACUGCGGAUACGAUGCGCGCGUUUGUAUCGUCGUCGGCGUGCGACGGUAUCCCUGAUGAUGAGCGUGCUGCGUUGCUGCAGCUCACACCAUGCACAUACACGGGCCUUGCACAACGCACCGUCGAUACGCUCUUGGACCAGCACGUUGUCUUCUGA